AAGUUCGAAUCUUGCAAGUGCAACCCAGAAUGUGGCGGCAAAGAAUAUAGAGCAUUCGAGUUUCGACGUUUCUCAGUUAAUUUUCUUCACACUGACUGCUUAAUCACCGCACCAUUCAUUCUCACUCUCUCUCCAAUGUACCAACCUUCUUUUCCAUUUUCUUGUCCUACAAUAUGUUACUAGGGUUUCGAAGUUUCAUCAAUUUUAGUUGUGCAGGGUUCCAGAAGAGUUCGAACAUUCAUCGAGGAAUUUUUGCAAUUCAAUUUCGAACUUUUGGUUCAGAUAAUAAGGAGAAAAUGGCAAAUUUAUCAGCUAGUGUUAGUCCAAUCUCUCAGAAAAAUGUGACAAAUGAGAAUAUUGUAGGUAAUAAAUUAGCUGAAAUCUUAAGUAUGAAAGAUGAUCCUGGAAAACUGGAGAAAAUGACAGUUCAGGAACUUAGAACAGCAUUAAGAAAUGUUGGCGCGUCAAGCAAAGGACGUAAGCAGGAGCUUGUUUCGGCUUUGAAAAGUGCUUUGGAUGGAUUUGAUGAUAAAAGUCCUCUAGAAAGUGAGAAAGAGUCUUCAGAGGAGCAGCAAUUGAACCAAAUCAGCUCACCAAAACGUAAAAGGAGUAGAGCAAAAGAAAACAAUGUUGUUGGUGAGACUUUGGAGGUUGAUAUAAAUAUCAAGACAGUAAAGCAGAAUACAUCAGUAGAAUCUAGUGAUACAUCUGGAAAAAAGCGUACUAUUAAAAGAAAAGUAGCUGCAAAAGCUGCUAGCAUUCACGUAGAAGUAUCUCAAGAGGUCGAUGAAUCUGCUUAUGAAAAGGAACCAUGGACAAGGUUCGCCCACAAAAGGCCACAAAAAGGCUGGGUUGUUUAUAAUCCAAAAACUAUGAGGCCACCUCCUCUUACACGUGAUACAGACUUUGUGAAGUUGAUGUCUUGGAAUGUAAAUGGUUUGAGGGCAUUAUUGAAAUUAGAGGGAUUCUCUGCACUUGAGCUUGCACAAAGAGAGGAUUUCGAUGUUUUGUGCUUGCAGGAAACCAAAUUACAGGAGAAGGAUGUUGAAACGGUCAGAGAUCUUUUGGAAGGCUAUGAAAAUAGUUUUUGGACGUGCAGUAUAGCAAAAGCUGGAUACUCUGGUACUGCAAUUAUCUCUCGGAUGAAACCUCUGUCCGUGCGAUAUGGCCUUGGGAUAUCAGACCAUGAUACUGAAGGGCGUGUGGUGACAGCAGAGUUCGAUUCAUUCUAUGUAUUGUGCGUAUAUGUUCCCAAUUCAGGAGACGGUCUAAAGAGACUGUCUUACAGGAUUACAGAAUGGGACCCAUCUCUCAGCCAGUACAUCAAAGAACUAGAAAAAUCAAAGCCUGUAAUUUUGACUGGUGACUUGAACUGUGCACAUCAAGAGAUUGACAUUUAUAACCCUGCAGGAAAUAAGAGAAGUGCUGGAUUCACAAUUGAAGAAAGGGAAUCAUUUGAGAAAAAUUUCCUGUCGGAGGGAUUUGUAGAUACUUUCAGAAAGCAACAUCCUGAUGUGGUGGGCUAUACUUACUGGGGUUACAGGCAUGGUGGACGUAAACUAAACAGAGGAUGGCGACUUGACUACUUUCUUGUCUCGGAACAAUUAACCGACAAAGUUCAUGACUCUUACAUUCUCCCAGAUGUCAAUGGCAGUGAUCACUGUCCCAUUGGCCUCGUGCUCAAGUGCUAGUCUACCACUCAAGCAUAAAUUUUUUCAGCCAGGAUCAACAUUUAGGAUUGCUAUGAGAGAAUGCAUGAUAUCGAUGCUACAAUGAUGGCAUCUUGUCCUGCAAGCCUUUUGCGUACUAAUGUCAAAGUGUUUAAAGGUGUGAAAUCAGCCGAGAUAUCGAUGAGAGAACCGAGAACCGAGUAAUGGUUCUUGAGCUCUGAUGGAAGCAUUCAUGAUUUUUGAGGCCUUUUAUCUUCUUUUUUUCACCGCGUUUUGAAGAUAUAAUUAAAGUUGGCUAGAUCAUGGAAGGUGUCAUUACAAAGUUAUCUCGGGUUGGUUCAAAUUUUGCAAACUGUUCACAUCUGUUGGCCGUAUCUUGCCUGUAGGAUCAUAACAUUUAUGUAUAUAAAGUUUUGAUUCAAGCGAAUGUUCUUGAUGCAAAUGCAAUUAAGAAUUUGCUA